AUGGGCUGGCGGGGUCUUUCCACGUUACUUGGUGUGCUAUUUGGCCACACGAACGUCCUUGGAAAGGACACUUCUGUUCCUGUCUGGCAACCUGCAGUUUCUACCUUGACCACCGCGGACCCUUACGCCAUGACGCUUCAAGUCCUCCAGUACAAUUUGUUCGGCCGGCCGUACGAAGUCUCAAAAGAUGGACAGCGCGAGCGACUGCAGCGGGUCCCUGAGUCACUUGAUCGGAUUUCCAAAUCGAUUGACGUCGUGACGUUAGCCGAGGCCGACAUUCAGACGCAGCGGGACGACAUGCUCGCGCAAUUCCAAAAGUUUGGUUUUCAUCAUGUCACGUCGAUUUUGCACGACCCGGACCCGUUUACCAGUUUAUUGAACGGUGGAGUGAUGAUAGUUUCCAAGUGGCCCAUUGUCCGAGAGGCACAACAUGUGUACCGUAAUGCUUGUCACUACUCGGACUGUCUUGCGGCAAAAGGCGUCAAGUAUGCUCGCAUACUGAAGACCGUAGAUGGUGUAUCCAAGAUAUUCAACGUGUUCGCAACGCAUAUGCAGGCUUGGUCGACGCUCGAAGGACGGUCUGACCGGAUCGAGCAAGCUAAGCAGAUGCGCCAAUUUAUCGAUGCUAUUGGCAUUCCGCAUCACGAGCCUUUGCUUCUUGCCGGGGACUUUAACGUGGACAACCAUACGUUUGGAAGUGAAGUGGCAUAUCUGGUGGAACUGCUUCAAGCACACGAGCCUCGUCGGAUCGGUGAACAGAACUUUACUAGCGACCCACACACGAACGUACUGGUUGGGCGCGACGGGGCUGCGAUCAGUAGCAAGUGCUUUGCGCAAUAUGUUCACAAUUGGGGGCCGGCAAAGGACGGCGUUUACCAUCCGUCACUGCUUACCCGAUCAACUUGCAUGGUGCAUGCUGUCAUGGACGAGGCUAGUUGGCUUGUGCAUGCUGAGGUAGACGAUAUGUGCUAUUGCCCGUGCUGUCCACUAGAGUGGCUAGACUACACCCUGUAUGGCAGAGACCCUUAUCAGCAGCCCAGCACCAUGCCAACGAUUGAAGCUUACGCGAAUCAAGUCUCACGUUUCACAGUUGAUUGGACUGCCUCCGAAAGCAGCAUGAAAAUGGCCUUGGUCGAUCUCUCCGACCAUUACCCGGUCCUUGGAAAGUAUGAGUUCCCAGUGACCCGUGGGAAAGGAAAAGAUGAUGAUCCGAUGACGUAUCACUUGGACGGGUGCUCGACGGACGAUGAUUGCCACUUCCGCAGUUUCCGCUGCUACUGCAACGGCCGGAACUGCUAUUACGAGGGCAAUUACACCAACGGAUGGCAUUUGGACUCGACACACCCGGUCAACCGCAAUUGCUUGUAUCAAAAGACCUCCUUUCGGUGCUUAUGCGGACCAACAUAA